AGCAAACCAAACCAAGAGGGGUGGGGGAAAAGGGAGAGAAAAACACCUAAGGCGGGAUCUGGCCAUGCCCAAGCCCCGCUGCCUGUCAGCUGCCUGCUCCAGGCGCUGCGGGGUGCCCCCCAGCAGGUAGCCAGGCUGGGGUACCUGGAAGCUCCCUCUCAUCCUGCCUCGCAAACUCACUGAAGUUGAGAGAUUUGUUCUUCCUCCUGAUCUCUGCAGCACCUGCACCUCCCUGGAUAAAUACAUCUAAGAGGAGGCUUUUCAGUUCAGCCACCUUAUCCCAAACUCCAGGCGAAGGGCUGCUCGGAGCAGCGACUCACUGACUGGAGGAAACUUUUUGCCAAACUUUUCUGGUGCUUUGCUCUGCUUUAUUGACCCCUUGAGUUCCUUUGCACCACCCAGACGGGCUGGGGAGCCUUCUCUGCUCAGGCAGAGUAACAUCCCCCCCAGGCACCCCAUGAACUACAAGAGUGGGAGGAAACAAGGAAUAAAUUUAUCGUGAAGAGAGGGAAAAAAAACCCCAAAAGCCUAAAAACUUGCACCUCGAGAAGAAAGGAAGGAAAACAAAAACUGCAGCCCAAGGAUAAAGCAGUGAAUGGAAAGAACAAUUUAACUGGGAUCAACAAGUGGGAAUUUCUGCACGCCGUGCUCGUCCCCUCCCCUCCCGCUCCAGCCCGAGGGCUGUCAGAAACUUAUCGCUGGCAAGAAAACUUGUCCCCGUUUGCGGACUCCGGCGCCUCGCAAGGGAUAUAGCGGUCACCCGCUCCGGCGAUGGGCCCCAGGCCGAGCGCCGCCCUGGCCGUCUACGCCCUUCAGGGGCUGUUCCUGGUGCACGGUCUUGCUGAGGAAGAAUUUUUUGAGAAACCAACGCUAAGCAUUGCCGAAGACGACACUGUCAUCUUUCCAGGAGACACCCUAAAAAUAAAAUGCAGAGGAGCAACUUCUGUAAGCUGGCUUUUGAGGGCGGACCAGAAGGAAGAUCCCCGGGUGUUCAUAACUAAUUGUCGCAAUACCACAAGGCAAAGCUGCAGCAUGCUUGUCAUCAGGAAAGUCAUAGCUAAUGACACCGGUUACUUCACCUGCAUUUAUGAUGACUCCCCAUCUAAUGAGGAUCUCAUGGCCAAGAUUUAUGUGUUUGUUAAAGACUACAGAAAUCCAUUUGUGGAGAUUCACCCGGAACAUCCCGAAAUAAUCUACAUUUUAGAUGCUAACAGAACGGUUGUUAUCCCCUGCCGAGUUACCUUGCCAGAUAUCAAACCUAAGCUUACCCAGUAUCCUCAUUCUGUAGAUGUGAACUACAAGGGGAUGGUGUGGGACCCAAGAAGAGGAUUUGUCAUCCCCUCUCAUUCUUUCGUUUACUCUGGAGUAGUCACAUGCACUGCAAAUGUCAAUGGGAGUGUGUUCACCUCCUAUUACCUAACACAGAGAUUGGAGGUCAGAGCACAGAACCUGUCUCUGUCAGCAACCCCCAAAGAACUGCUGGUUGGAGAAACUCUCAAUUUGAAGUGCACAGCAGAAACUUUCAUCAACGGGCGCAUUGAGUUUGUAUGGACAUGUCCCAACGGGAGACACCCUUAUCCUAAAAGAACAAUGGACCAGAGUGAUACGGUUUAUAAAGUCGGCAGUAGCUUCAGAAUUGAAAAUGUCACCAUGCAGGAUGGAGGCCUGUAUGUAUGCAAAACACUCAACGUAACAAGGCUGGAGGCCAAUGUCACAGUUACAGUAUAUGACAAACCUUUCAUUAAGGUUUCACAUAAGAAAGGGCCUUACUACGAGGUUACAUCAGGACGCAAGUCACUGAAACUAGCUGCAAAGGUGGACGCCUUUCCUCAUCCAAACGUCACCUGGUACAGAGAUGGCAAACUGAUCAAGGAUAACCACACUUGCUAUGAGCUAGAUCCAGUGAAGUACAGACUGGGCAUAAGAGAUGUGAGACCAAAGCAUGCUGGAAACUACACCAUCGUCUUGAGCAAUGAAAUACAUGGCCUGUAUAAGAACCUCACCAUGCAGCUGGUAGUGAGAGAGAGACCCAAAAUCUAUGAAAAGGAAACUGAUUUUGACAAGAUUGUGCGGGUGGAAUUAAGAAGCAAACAGAAAAUCCAGUGCACCACUAGCGGGAAUCCUGACCCAAAGAUUGAGUGGAAGUGGCAGCCCUGCAGCCUCACAGACACACUAUGCAACCCCACUGGGCAAAAAACUGUGGUUCAGGAGAAUAUGUUCACAGGCAACAAGAUCAGAAGCAUUGAAAACAUAAUCAUGAAGCAUGGGGAUAAAAGAAAGAUUGUGAGCACACUAACUGUGGAAAACAGCAGUGCAUCAGGAAUCUAUUACUGUGUGGCUUCCAACAAGAUCAGCAAAGAAGAGAGGAGCAUUGAGUUCUAUGUCUCAGAUGUGCCGUUUGGCUUGAAAACAGAGCCACAAGUCACAACCAUCGUGGGGAAUGACGUCCAGCUGACCUGCCGGGCCUCCAAGUACAUCUACAAUCACCUGGACUGGUACUACCCUUCCUCAGGGGUGGCUCUCAGUGACUCAGUGAUUAAGAAAAUUGACAACUAUUCCAUUUCUUUGACACUGGUCAUUACUAAUGUCACAAAGGAACAGAGUGGCCUCUACAAGUGCAGAGCCCAGAACCAGCACAACAGCACCGACACACUAGAACAGCUCACUCAGCUCCUUGUCAGAGCAAAGGCAGCACCGUACGUGAUACAAAACCUCACAGAUCUGGAGGUUAACAUCAGUGGCAAGAUCAUUCUGGAGUGCAAAGUCAGUGGAACACCAGAACCUCAGAUUACAUGGAGGAAGAAUGGCUACCCCAUUUCAGCAGCAUCAGGAAUUUCCAUGGAGAAUAAUACCCUGGUCAUUGAACGAGUGAAAAAGGAUGAUGAAGGGCUCUAUGAAUGCAAAGCAUCCAACGACAUGGGCCAAGACAGCACAUCAGCCUUCAUUAAAAUACAAGGUUUUGAGGAGAAAUCCAACAUUGAAGUUAUCAUUUUGGUCUGCACUGGUCUAGCCGCUACCCUCUUCUGGCUUCUUCUGACCCUAUUCAUUCGGAAACUGAGAAAACCUGAUGCCACAGAUAUUAAAACAGGAUACCUGUCAAUUAUAAUGGAUCCAGAGGAAAUGCCUCUUGACGAGCAGUGUGACCGUCUUCCCUAUGACAGCAGUAAAUGGGAGUUCCCAAGAGACAGACUGCGGCUGGGUAAAACACUGGGUCAUGGUGCUUUUGGGAAGGUGGUGGAGGCGUCUGCUUUUGGCAUUGAUAAAUCUUCAACCUGCAAAACAGUUGCCGUAAAAAUGCUUAAAGCAGAAUGUGCAACUACUAAUGAAUGUAAGGCUUUAAUGUCUGAACUGAAGAUCCUCAUCCAUAUAGGACAUCAUCUGAAUGUAGUCAACCUGCUGGGAGCCUGCACCAAAGCUGGAGGUCCUUUAAUGGUCAUAGUAGAAUAUUGCAAAUAUGGAAAUCUGUCCAACUAUCUAAGAGGAAAACGAGGAGAUUUCAUUGCCUACAAGUCCCAGGAAAACUCUGACCAAGCAGAGAAAAGUCUGGAUGAGUCCAGCAGUGAUUUGACUGAACUGAUCAAGAGGCGCCUUGAGAGUGUGGCCAGCACAGGAAGCUCUGCCAGCUCAGGAUUUAUUGAAGAUAAGAGUUACAGCGAUUCAGAGGAUGAUGAAGAAGAUGCUGAGGAUCUGUACAAGCGGCCCCUGACUUUGGAGGAUCUGAUUUGCUAUAGCUUCCAAGUGGCAAAAGGCAUGGAGUUUCUCGCCUCCCGAAAAUGCAUUCAUCGGGAUUUGGCAGCAAGGAACAUCCUUCUUUCAGAGAACAACGUGGUUAAGAUCUGUGACUUUGGCCUAGCCAGGGAUAUUUAUAAAGAUCCUGACUAUGUACGGAAAGGAGAUGCCAGACUUCCACUCAAAUGGAUGGCUCCAGAAGCUAUUUUUGACAAAAUUUACACAACGCAGAGUGAUGUAUGGUCUUUUGGAGUGCUGUUAUGGGAAAUAUUUUCUCUAGGUGCCUCACCAUACCCUGGAGUGCAGAUAGAUGAGGACUUCUGCCGACGGCUCAAAGAAGGAACCCGGAUGAGAUCUCCAGAGUACUCUACUCCAGAAGUCUACCAGACAAUGCUGGAUUGUUGGCAUGGAGUACCCACAGAGAGGCCUACUUUCACUGAGCUUGUGGAGCGCUUAGGAGAUCUUCUUCAAGCCAAUGUACAGCAGGAUGGUAAAGACUAUAUUCCACUGAACAUUACCUUGUGCCCCGAUGGAGAAUCUAACUCCAAAACUUGCCCUGUGGAAGAAAACUUGAACAACUGUGUUAAUCGCUGGAGUGCAGUGGAAACUGGUAACAACAGCAAGAAGCGACCACUGAGUGUGAAGACAUUUGAUGAGGUGCCAGUGGAAAAGGAGAAAGUGAUGCAUGAGGAGUCGGACAGUGGGAUGGUGUUGACCUCAGAUGAGAUAAAAAGCCCGAAGAGGCUGGAAAUCCGUUCUUGGCCUUAUGGGAUCAUGGCUCUAGCGCGGAGAGCUGUUAGCAAGAGCAAAGAAUCCAUAUUAUCUGAUCAUGAGCGUGAGUCUGUCAAAUACCAGCCAGCAGUACAGGUAGAAGAGGACACCAUGGACUUUACACUGGAAGACUCUGUUCUCCUUCCUAUGGAUCCAAACCUGGAAUGCCACAGCCCACCUCCAGAUUACAACUCCGUCAUUCACUACUCAGCCCCUCCGGUGUAAUCAGCCUAACCUGACACAGGGCACCUUGCACCUCUCAACGAUGCUAGAUUCUUACAUGCUUCCAUGUCUGGAUAAAGAGGCUGGGUAAAAUCAGAAGGGAAAUCUGACAGGACAAUGGUUCAUAUGUUUCUUCUGGCACAUCUAUGAUGUGAAUAGAAACAUUUUAAGAGCAUCUUCUUUGCUAUCUUGAAAGGCCUAUUGCAACAUAUGCAGUAAAUUAAAACUCUGUCUAUCAGAAUUGUAGGUAGGAGCUAUAACCCAGAACUGCUUCCAUGCUUUCCUCCCCUAGCUGGGUCUAUUCAUUGGCAUUUCCAAAUAUACAGAUUAUUUUACUCACAUUUUACUUCAUAAAUGUCACCAAGAGUCAUGUCAAGCUAGUUGUGAAAAUGAGAUUCAUUCUACUGGUCCUGCACACAUGCUAUAAGGGAUCAGUUGAAAACAAAAACCAUACACACUAACGUUUUGUUAUUAGAGAAAAUCGAAAACUGAAACAUCAUUCUUAACUUGGGAUCUCAUCUUCCAUAAAUAUUUCUGAAAUAUUUUGAAAUCCAAAAUACUUUCAUUACAAUUUGUGAUUUAAUAAAUUCCACUGCCUAUAUGAUACACUCCUAAAAAUGCUAAGGCAUAGAGAAAGCAGAUAGUACUCAUGUAUCAAGAGCCAGGCUGGUCUUUUGGGACAUCAGGGCAUACAAUGUGGUUAAAUCUGUUUCCCUGUGUUUUUUCCUUGCCAUUUAUUUUGAAAACAUGCAACGGGGAACCUUGAUGGAGAUGCAUCUGUAAUGAUUGCAAGGCAAAAUCACUGCCUCAAAUAAGAACCUUCUUAAGCUUAAAUAGACAGAAUUUCCCAGCCCACAUGCACAUGAUUGUGUGAAUCUGCAUAAAAUAUACAUUAAGAACAUGAGAGUUACACAUAAAUGCACAUACACCCUUGAGGCACCAGCAGGGUAGCAGCAUUUUUAUGUUUCCUUUCUGCACACAGGCUAUUGACUACAAAGAAAAAAAAAAAAAAAAAAAAAAAAUUUCCUUUGGAUUCUGUGGCAGAUGCCCAACAGUUUGAUCCUGGGUAUACUAGCCAUGCUAAACUGUAAGCAUAUGUGGCACAUAUUUGUCUCUGACAGACUUGCCAAGGUAAAUAUUGGUAUGAUAUGCAAUGCCCUCUGCAUCUAAACUGUUCAUGAGUUCACGGUAAUUCAAAGCUUGUUUUGCAGCCUAAUCAUGCAGGACUGAAUGGAUCACAAAUUCUCACAUUAAGAAUUUCCAUGUGUAUUGCCCUCCACCUAAAAGUUGUGUGUGGCAGGAACUGUUGGUCUGCAAAUAUGUAUACCCAGGUCCCAUGCAUAUUCACAACUUCAAAAAUAAGCAAAUAAUGCUUGUCAUUUAAUGUGCUAUUGAACAAUCAGAGUUGACUUCAGAAAUAUAGGAAGGGAAAAAGUAUCUAGGUUGCAAGCAGAAAAAACAAGGAUGAAAAAGAUACUCAUUGACAGUCAAAACGAUAACCUCCUAAGUUAUAAACCUAGAUCUGUACAUGAGUCUCUGUGCGGUUCCUUCCAAGGUCUGCACAACCCUUUCCUUUUCUUCUUAGACUUGACACCGAUUUGAAUUCUUCAAAGAAAAAGAAUUUUUCUUCAUGAUUACAAACCAAAAGGAAAAAAAAAUCCAAUAUCUGCAAAACAAUUAUAUUACUGAUCAAAUACAAUUAUUACUGAUCAGUUACAGUUGGUUACAUUGAUGUAAACACAAACAAGCCUCAGGUAUUAUCAAAGGGGGAAACAAAUCUUCAAACCCCACACCAUGUUAACUGUGAAUGCUAAAGCAUCUGAAGUACGGGCUCUUGGGAAAUGCACUUCUCAUUCUCCUUGACUUCAGAUUCAAUGUAUUAAGGAAAUCAUCUGCAGUAACUCACGAGCCCUUUGUUCGUAGUGGACCUGCUAGAUAGCUGUGGUCUGUAGUUGCUUUAUGGUCAUUUUUUGCACUUCUUUGUAUUUUAGAACCUAUGUAUGAAGUAGAGCUGGUUAUAUAACAGAAGAAACUACUUGGAAAUAAUUCAUUUGAUGAGCCCCAGAAAGAUCAUUGGAAUCAGUUUUUCAAACAGUAAAUUAUCUAUAGCUCUGAUCAAAAACUCAAUCACUUCUUUUGCAAAUAGUUUAUUUACACUGCAAAGAGAAAAAAGGUGCAGACAGUUUGUCUGGCUCUACUGUUAACGGCAGCAGUGUAAGAUGGUUUGUUAUUGUGCCUUGUUCUGUAGGGUAAGAAAACAAUGAUGUUUAAAAACCUUUGCUUAUAAACUUUAAAGUAUAUAUAGGGAAAAAAAAAACCCUGCAAGUAUGCUCUCUAUUUUGAAAAAGAAUGGGAAACACUGCUGGGUGAACUGUCUGCUUCUAAGAGAGCCAAGUAGAUCAUCUUUCCACUUUAUCAAAGCUGAACUGUAGAGGUUUCUCCGAGACCAGAGGAAUAUAAAGCAUGUUUCCUGAGUGGGACCCAAGCGGACACUCGAAUGGAGGGCUGGUAGCCAGGUGCCCCUCUGGCUCCCAGUAACAUCUGUCAGCCUUUCUGCAUUGCACGAGAUGAUGUGAAAACAGAGUGCAGGCUCAAGACACAUGUUAAAACACUGGUUGCAUUGACAGCCCCCUGAAAACUGAGGGCUCAUCUGCAGUGGGAAAAUCAACAGCUGUCUUGAGGGGUAUCAAUGGCCAUUUCUUCAAAGAGCAAAGAUAGCCUCCAAACACAUGAUAAUGGCCUUCAAGUGUUCUGGAAAUGGCAAGUGACUGAUGUUUGGGCAGCUCUGUUUCCAAUGUUUAUUCCGAGUGGAUGAUCUUCUUCUCCUUAUAGUAAAUGUAAUAAGCAAAAGUAUUGCCUGAAAAGUAUUAUUGAACAUGUCUUCUAUUUUAUUUACUAAUAUUUUGUUUGUUCUUUUCUCUCCUCCCUUAAUUUAAUUAUUGUUCUUUUCAUACAAUGAUGUAUAUAGUUUACCAGUAGAAACAAAUAUAGUGAUUCAUAUAUAUGGUAAAAUUUGUAACAUUUUAGUCAAAAGAGAGAGAUACCCAGACAUAACAGAGUUAAGUAUUGUUACUAAACAUUUCACUAAUGCUUGCAGGCCAGGCUCCAGUUUACAGACCCUACUAGUGCCAUUUCAUAGCAGUUCUCCUCUUGGCUGCGAGUAUCUCUGGCUCUCACUUAUUCUCCACGUUAUUUAGUUUCAGUUAGGAAACAGGAAUGUGGAGGAAUCUGGCAGGUUUAUCUCAUUCCUGGAAGUGUCACCAUGCAGCUCACAGUAAAGGUGAAGAAUUUCCACUGCCUCUGUUUUAAUUGAAGGCUGGCGUAUUGGCUAGAGGAUCAGAAGGGGCCAAAUUAUUUAAAUGAUGUGAUGUUUAUUAUUUUUUUAAACUUCUCAGGGAUUCUUACUCGACUCCUGUCAGCCACCUGCUUUAUCUGGCUGAGCUCAGUGGUAUCUGGUAUUAACAUAUACCUUUGUUUUCUUUAAUGGUGCUUACUCCUACUGGGUUUGUCCUCUUGUAAGCCCAGAGAAUUAUGGCAAAGGAACUCAGAGCUCACCACAGAAAUGUGUUGUCUUCUCUCCAACAAUCACCUGCCACACAGGUGUCCAAGGAUAAGUGCCUUCACCUACAUGUUAUUGUUCAGGCUGGUGUUUUUAACAGUUUGGUUUCUUAACUUCUCUUUUCUCUACUUUUCAUCUAUUUCUUGAUAUUUGUUCUUCACAGUCCCUCUGGAUUGCUCUUCUCUGUCUUUUGAAUGAGAUCAGGUAUAAACAUCAUUUCAUUGCUAUUUCCUGUAUAUUCUGCACUUGCAGAACUAGAUAAUCUAAAGCAAGCUUUUCUCACAUUAAAAAUUUUUUUUAUAUAGACAUGGGAAACUAGUUUAUAUUGGUUUGUCUGGAAGACUCUCUGUAUCCUUCUUUGAAUGAGAGAAGCUUUUUAAUCUAUUGAUUUUUCAAUAUUAGUAUUUGGAACAAAACAAAGGUUGGUGACUAUAUGAAUCUUACCCUUCUCCUAGUCCUUUCUCAAACAAUGAGGUUUCUCUUAGGUUCUUCCAAGUUAUACUCACAAGAAGGGGGUCCUAACCAGGAUGCUGAGCCCACACCAUCUACUCAGGAUAUCAAGGAAGGUCAGAGAAAAACCUAAAGCCUGAGUAUUAGUCUCAAACAAAACCACUGAAAUUUGAACCCACUGAAUGCUAUACAUUGAGAUCUACACAUAUAGGGCUGCCUGCAGGCAUACACUGCUCUGCUUAAGACAUCCCACUAAUACAUACACUACUCUUCAGUUACACUGCUUGGCAAAUUCAUAGGAUGACCUAGAGCGUCCAGGCACUUCUCUCAUUGUAUUUACACUUUGUAUACUGUAGAAAUGUUAAUCACCAUGUCAGCUUGUAACUGGCCAGUCAACAAUUUAAGACAUCUUCUCAAUGAUCCUUCAUGCAGAGCGUUGGCACUGCCUUGUCAUGUCCUAUCUUGCUUUACAAAUUUGAUCUGGCCCUAUUCCAGCUGUGAGGGUGUGUGUGGUCCUGGGUCAGUGGUCUCUAGCUCCCACCAGCACCAACUGGACAACAUCAGGAAAUGUUUGCAGGGAAAAAUCACUAGCAAAUAGCUACAUAACAUGAUGAAGCAUUGUUGGGUUUUCCUGAACACAGGAGUUAGGCAGAAUCAGUAUCAUGCUCAGAGAUCAGACUAUUUUUUUUCUUACCAUAAAGUGAACAGAAAAUACAGAAGGUAGCAGUAAUUCUUUUGUCCCUCCCUGCAAAUAGUAAUGGCCGAGCCCUGGGAUCCAUUUUCCUGGUUUAUACUAUGUCACAAAAAAAACAGAAAGAAUUUUGCCAAAGUAAUGACAACCAGCACCAUCUUACACAAGUAAAAUUCAGGGAGGAAUUUUGGAUUUGACCCUAUCAAGAGUCAAUCACUGUACAGGAUGUAAGCGUUGAGUCCAAGCUCUGGCUUGUUUAUUUGACAUGUGUUGUUUUCAUAUUGUGUUAACAUAGAAAAGAAAACUUGCUGGACUGGGUCAUUUGGGACCUCUGGCAAAUAUGCCAUAAGGGCUGUGGUUACAGUAAGACUAGUGUGGUAUGCACUGAGCAGCGUCCCGUUGUCCUGCCUAAUAGUCCUGUGCCACAAGAGCCAGCACAUCCUUAUUACUCAAUUCAUUUUUCCUUAGACCUUGAGUUGUAAAAGCAGCUAAUGAAAACUGGGAAAACCCAGUAACUUAGGAAUUAAAGAAAAUAAACUAAGCACCAUGUAAUACUCAAAACACUAAGGAAUGUUUGUCUGCCAUGUUCCUGUCUGUCUGAAGAAUGUAUGCACUGAAAACAACGCCUUCUUAUGUAGUCAAAAAUUGUACUGUAUCUAUUAACCAAAAAAA